CCUGCACUUCUAUUGUUGAGGUGUUCUUCGUUUGGACAGAUGUUGAGUACGUUGAGUUAUGGACAGAAGAUUAAGCAUCCUUAAGCCCAUCCCUGAGUCCUUUUUCCCCUUGUAGGUCUCAAGACGAACAAGUCACUCUGGACGAGAGUAUGGGAAGAGUCAGCUCUGUGGCCCAGCUUACUACAAAGAAACAAAUGAAUCACAUUUACACGGUCUGAUGUUUUCUACAAUUGAUCAAACACACAUAAUUUUGAAGACUCUAAGUCACAAACUUGGCUUCUCAUGGAAGAACGAGGAUGGCAACGCCUAUUCGUACGUUUUUCUUCGUGAUUUCUUUGUCUCUGAUGGAAAUGGUGGAGGCAAAACAAACCUUUUUGCGUAAGAGUUCCGAUUCUCCAGGAGAUGUGAACUUAUGACGCAUUAUGGAGUUCUAAUAGGUCAUUUUUCCCUCAUUUUCAUCCUAAGUUGGUCCCUCCAGGCAAAUUAUAGUAAGUACUAACUUGAUUGAUUUUCCAUUUCUCAUUUUCGAGUUGGGUGGGCUCCACUGGAAUUACAGUAGGUACCUACUUGGCAGUGUCUUCUAUACUCACUUCUUCUUCAUUGUUUCUCUAACAAUGUCAUCGAAACAAACCGCUACACCUUCUGCACUUGCGCGCCCUGCUCAUGCUCCGUACUUGAGGGGGGCGUCAUCUUUUACUCAAGUUCUCAGUCAAGAAGAGGCAGAUAAUUAUGGCUGAAACGACUUUCGGAUGCAACUACAACAUAGUGCGAGACUCUGAGAGAGAGUACCUUUUCAAUCAGAAGUACAAGUUAACAUUUUUCAGGUGUUCAUCGUAUUUAACAGUAUUUCUAUUUGUUCAUUCUCCGAUCCGCCCUACAAACAACAGAUCUUGAUGCAAUAUUAUUAUACUCUUCAUAUUCAUAGUACGUCCGAGGAGAAGACAGAUGGGUAUUGCGAUAAAAUGCAGUUGGCGGAGCUGGUCACCCUUUGCAACGGAGCUACGAAUAUCAAGCACCAGAUGCAAACCAGAACUGUUAAGGUGGAUGAACAUGAAUCCGUUACACCCCAAGAUCUGACACCUCCAUCAGGGCUACUGCAUUUUUAUAAAAAUAUCUAAAUCUAACAAUAAGCCGAAUCGGUUGGACCGAGAUGUAUUCCGUGUGGAACAAAAAAUGGUCCCCAAGUGCGAAUUGGUAUACGCGAAGAUGACCCCCGCUGAACUCGAAAGUUAUGCUGGGACUACGAGGCUCAAUGUCCUCAUUGUUCACCAUCAACUAUCUACUGUUCUGCUGCGACAAAACAGCUACAACCGUAUUUCAUAUACCUUGAGUGAAGUAGAGUACCGCUAUGCCUACUGCGACUAUUUGCUUAGUACUUCUACAUUUAGAGCACUCUUCCUGUAGUUGAGGUUGACGCUAAUUGAUUCCCUAGUAAAAAAAUAGAUAAUGGUCACAAUCUUUGCAGGAAUGAGAUUCUUCUCUCACUGCUGACAUAGCCCAUUUUCGACACGAAGAGGCAUUCUGGGUUCUCUCCCAAGAGUGAAGAUCCACGAGUGAGCCGUCGCCCAAUCUAAGAUGAAGUUAAGGCUAUUAUGAAGCUUCAUAAAAGUAUCCUUGGUUACGAACCUCACCAACCCACCUUGGCGGUUUUUUUUUGUAAGGGGAAAAGACGCCAAGCAUCAACAUGUUCCCAAGGGUGCCAAUGCGGUAGCUCUAAGGAAGGCGUCUUCGUUGCUAGCGAAUGCGUGGAACCCGGUCACGCGUACUCGUGGACCAAGGACAAGGAUCCCAAACAGUGGGACUUCGAUUAAGCUUUCUGAUUCAUCGCAUGCGCGAACUGAAUAAAAGAAAAGAAGAGAUUGUCUUAAUCCUCCUUCUGCGAUUGUCUUAAUCCGCACUGCUCGCUGUGUAAAAUGCUUACCAUGGGGUGGUCUCCGUUGCUCUGUGCAAGAUUUACUUCAGAACUCACCAGGGAGAGUUAGACCUGAAGUGCAUGACCAUGGCCGUGACUCCUUCUGAAUAGCGCUUCUACAUGGCCAUACCAUACAAGUUGCAACUUCUUCCUGUGGAUAUUCCAUAUGUCUCGACAGGAAGAAGUUGCAACUUGUAUGUUUGUUUCUGGAAUAUGAUUCAAGGAUCUGGUAAGUUCGGGUACUCAUACGUGGUUCUGUGUUCCGGCAUUUUAGAGAGACCCUGCCGUCAAGAAAAUGAAUAAAAUGACUAAGUAUAAGUGUGUAAGUGCCCGACGGCAGGGUCUAUACAAGGGCAAGAAGAUCGUGUAGUCGGGGAAAAAAACCGCGAGAAAUAGAUAUGUAAGAACAGAACAUUAUGAUUAAAAGAAAAUUGUAAUCGAAAAGAAGUAAAUGAAGCGUAUGCAACUUCUUCCUGUGUUUGUUUCAUAUGUAGAUUGUUAUUGUUUGUUUCUAACACAGCAAGAAAAAGGCGCAAAGUAAUGCAUGCUGCUUGGUGAGCGAUGGGAAGUAUAAGGAAACGGAUGCGGCUACGCCUGAGGAAAAUAUGAGGAGCUGGGUGCUGAGAAUAACAAUGCUGGUGCUCCUGGUGAUACUACUCGUGAUUCUGCUGGUGAUGAUAGUGCUAAAGGUCAGACGCAUAGGGGCAAUGCCAUGA